GUGCGAGCCGCGCGGCGCGAGGGUUCAGGCAGCGCCGGGCGCUCAGCCAAUUCCUGUGGAGGGGGCGGGGCCAAGGCGGCCCGUGGAUUCUUCCGCCAGGAAGAAUCUGUGGUCUGGGCGAGGGCGUCGCCAUUUUGGAUGCUGAGCGUCGAUUCCGAAGCUGGUCCCGUCCGUUUUCUCGCCUGGAUUCCGCCUGGAGGAACAGUGCAGCAUGCUGGGCUCGGGCUUCAAAGCUGAGCGCUUACGAGUCAAUUUGAGAUUAGUCAUAAAUCGUCUGAAAUUGUUGGAGAAAAAGAAAACGGAACUUGCUCAGAAGGCAAGGAAGGAGAUUGCUGACUAUCUGGCUGCGGGGAAAGAUGAGCGAGCGCGUAUCCGAGUGGAGCACAUUAUCCGGGAAGACUACCUUGUGGAGGCCAUGGAGAUCCUAGAGCUGUACUGUGACCUGCUGUUGGCUCGCUUCGGCCUCAUCCAGUCUAUGAAGGAGCUAGAUUCUGGACUAGCUGAAUCUGUGUCUACACUGAUUUGGGCUGCCCCUCGACUCCAGUCAGAAGUGGCUGAGUUGAAAAUAGUUGCUGAUCAGCUCUGUGCCAAAUAUAGCAAGGAAUAUGGCAAGCUGUGCAGGACCAACCAGAUUGGAACUGUGAAUGACAGGCUAAUGCACAAAUUGAGUGUAGAAGCCCCACCCAAAAUCCUGGUGGAAAGAUACCUGAUUGAAAUUGCCAAGAAUUACAACGUGCCCUAUGAACCUGACUCUGUCGUCAUGGCAGAAGCUCCUGUUGGGGUAGAGACAGAUCUUAUUGACGUUGGAUUCACAGAUGAUGUGAAAAAAGGUGGCCCUGGAAGAGGAGGAGGGGGUGGGUUCACAGCGCCUAUUGGUGGACCUGAUGGAACAGUGCCCAUGCCCAUGCCCAUGCCACCUCCAAAUGCUCCUUUCUCAUAUCCACUGCCAAAGGGACCAUCGGAUUUCAAUGGAUUGCCAGUGGGGACUUACCAGGCCUUUCCUAAUAUUCACCCACCUCAGAUACCAGCAACCCCCCCAUCGUAUGAAUCUGUAGAUGACAUUAAUGCUGAUAAAAAUGUUUCUUCUGCACAGAUUGUUGGUCCUGGACCCAAGCUGGAAGCCCCUGCAAAGCCCCCUUCCAGACCCGUGGAUAACUUUGUAUUGCCAGAGUUGCCGUCUGUACCAGACACACUACCAACUGCAUCUGCUGGAGCCAGUACCUCAGCAUCUGAAGACAUAGACUUUGAUGAUCUUUCCCGGAGAUUUGAGGAACUGAAAAAGAAAACAUAGAUUUUAAACCAGGCAAUCUCCAUGUUCUGGAACCUGAGAGUGAGCAGUUUCUCCUUGUAACAGUGAAUCUCCAUGAAAUUCUGUUCAUCUGUCAACCAUCACUGAGCACACUCUUUUCUUGGGGCUCUCUUCCUGCUCUACCAGUUGUGUUGCUUUCCAGUUUUCUAGUGAUACUAAGAUACUAACAGCUGGAGACUGAGGCUAGAGCAGUUGGCUCCGAGCAGCUGUCUUCCUGCUUGUCUUCCUGUCAGACCCUUGAUUCUCUCCUAGCCAUUUCCUCUCCAAGGGAGUGAGAAGAUGAAGUAUUAUGGGUGUAGUCACCAGAGAUGGCUGGACCGUGGAGGAGAGCACCCCCAUGGAGUGUCUGAGACUUGGAAACCCAUCCCUCUGUACAGGGGGAUUGUAGAGAGAAUCAAGACCAUGUUUGAAGAUGGCUCAGGAAGCCACUGUAAUGGUUCCUGGAGGCUGGUUCUCAUUGGCUUAUACACUACUCGCUGCAGGGCACUGUUCCACCUGGAUCCAGUUGCAAAGUUCACUUGGAAAAGUCCUCCUCUUAGUUCUACUGGAUUCUCAGGGAGCCCUCUGUGGCUUUUUGCUUUGAUUGCUGUAUUUCCCUUUUAGGAGCAAGCAGCACUGUAGAAAUUUUUCUCCAUAGCAUGUUAACUCACAAAGCAAGCACAGGUCACAUACUGGACAAAAGUCACCAUUCAAGCCCAGGGUGGGCUUCCAGCUGCCUUAAUAGAAGUACUCAAGUGUCUUGGGUAAUGAGCUGGAAAGCCUACAGAAGAGGGGCACGUGUUCAUUUGAAAACUUUUAUGAUUUCUUUGAAAACGGUUAUCAAAGUUUAGUGCCCAUGUGGCUGUAGUUAAUGCUUUCCUGGGUGGAUGAGACUCUCAUAUUGUAACUUACGUGCUUCGUUGCUCCUUUCCAAGGCCAUCCUUCCUCAAGAUGUUGGCUUUGGGACUGGAAGAUAAGAUUUUUGAUUAUAUGUAAUAUCUCUGUAUACCUGUUUGAAGCAACUUUUCUUUAAUGGUUUUGAUUGGUUUUAUCUUAUAGCUCAAUAGCUGUUAAUAAAGAUCCUGUGUCCUGCUUU